AUGUAUUACUGCGUGAUGUUGGAGUUCAACGCAAUCGAAUUUGGACGAGGAGUUUUCCUCCAUGUCAAGACAUCUUCAUCAAACGCUCAACCGUCCAAACAACAGCCAACUCUGAAGAAGCUUCUACGACUCGGGGACUCUGUGAAUCUGAGCUGUAGAGUGUCUGCUGAGCCCUGUGAAGGGGAGCGGAACCUCUACUGGUUCAGACGUACCGCAUCCCAGCCGCCACUCUUGUAUCCCAGUGAAGGGCGUUGUACAAGCCUUUAUAAUGAAACCCUCUACGGUAUAAACUGCACUUCGAACCUCAAGUUGGAUCCCGUGAGGUCCUCGGACGCAGGGAUCUACCACUGCGCUCUGGCCUCCUGUGGGUCGGUUGUUUUUGGAGGAGGAACAAAGGUAGAGGUCGCAGUGCCUUCAGUCGUUGUGGGUUCCCUAAGUGUUGCUCUGGCACUUUCCACCAUCGGGCUCCUUGUUUUGAGUUUCUGGAGGUGCAAACUGAAAUCAAAGCUAUGCUCUUCCUGCAAAGGGACAGGUAAACACCGGAUGUGUUCCGAGGCCCGAGACGCCGCUGAGAAUCAAACAGAAAGCCUCCAUUAUGCGGCUCUGAAUCUGAAGAGAAGCGAUGAGAGACAGCAGCAAGAGGACAACGUCGAGAGUGACUGUGUGUACUCCAGGUGCAGCUACACCAAGUGA